GGUACUUUUUUUCUCCACUUUCCCUCUCUUUUUCUUCCUUAGAAAUGGCCACCGCCAAGCUUUCUCUCUCUCUUUUCGCUCUUUUCGCUCUGGUCGCGAAUUACUCCGCCGCAUACGGCGCCCUAGUGCCGGAGGGGGACUGUUCGAAACUCAUCCUCACUUUGGCCGACUGCCUCCCCUUCGUCUCCAAAGACAGCACCACCACCACUCCCGCUAAAGCCUGCUGUCUCGGCCUUAAAAUCGUCGCCAAGGCUAACGCCGAUUGCCUCUGUCAUACCUUCAAGAAAAGCGCUUCAUUAGGUAUCGUCCUCAAUGUCACCAAGGCUCUUUCUCUCCCUGCCGCUUGCGACAUAUCCGAUCCUGCUCUUUCUGAGUGUAAAUUGUCGACUUCUCCUAUUGGCUCUCCUGCGGUUACGCCGGCUGCCUCACCUAAAUUGUCGCCGGGAGAAGCGCCAGUGAAGAACGAGACGACGCCGGCUCCGACACCUGAAACUUCGGCGGCGACAGGCGUUAUGGCGUCCGUUGGAUCCAUAGUCGCCGCCAUUGGAGUAGGUGUGUUCUACAGUUUUUGAGUGGAAAGCGUUUGAAAAAUUUGGGGGAAUUUGAAAAUUGUUUUAGUGUUUAUUCGCGUUAAGGGAGUUUGUUGGGACCGUUGGAUUUAGUUGUUUCUUUUGCG